GCAACUGAUAAAGAAUCUAAGAGUGAAAAGCUGAUUGUUCGAGGAUAUAAACGUUGUCAUUUUCACGGUGACAUUUUCGAGGAGACGGAAAAUGCCCUCGGAACGGCAUUCAAGUUGAAAUGUCUGGGCGGUGGUCGUAUCAAACAUGAACCGGAAUCGAGCGAAAUACUCGUCUAUGGCUACUCUCAGGGUUACGGUCCAGCAGAUCACCAAAAAACUGUCGAUAUACUCAAAACGAAAUAUCCAUCUUAUAAGAUAACAUUCUCAAACGAAGGUUACUGA